AUAGACCUUAAGGUAUGCCCCCAGCCAAGCAAUUGGUGAUAAACCUAAACACUACAGUUCAGCGUAUAGUCAAUAUGGCACCGGCGACCCUGUGGUUGGUUUGAUCAUCUAGGAACCGCAUCACUCGUUAAUAAGAUGAGAAAUACAAGGGGUAUAAAACAGGCGACAGAAGAUAACAGGGGUCAUAAACGAACAAAAUCGCAAUACUUAACAGGAAUACAAAGAAUAUAUAACAAGAUACGAACAAGGAAGUGAAGAUGAAGAUAGAUGCAGACAAUAUAACCGCGCAGAGAAAACCGUGUUCGGAGACGUUAGAGACGUUGAACCGACAAGCUCACUUCUUGGCUCAAGACCUGAUAUCAUACCGUACAGGCAAUGGAAGAAUCUCCACAAGUCUGACAGCGCGCAAUAUGAGGAGACUUAGCGACGAGCUCGAGGAAAGGCACGGGCCGCUGCUUUGUAACAUGUGCAAUAGUCUAAACAUGACUGCAAAUUCGGCGCACGAGAAAUUCGUGCAAGUUGCUGAUGAGGUGUUCAAGGAUGGUAUAAACUGGGGGAGAAUCGUCGCUGUUUUUACGUUUGGGGGUAGACUUGCGCAGUUCUGCGCGAGAAACGGUUUGCACGAUGGCGUACGAGAAGUCGAGGCUUGGUUAGGGGACUACAUCGCGAAUCUGUCCCACUGGAUACAGACCCAAGGGGGAUGGGACACGUUUAAUACUCACUUUCAAGACCCUACGCAGACAGAAAAACGCUGGUGGACGGGACUAGUCCUCGCAACCCUCGGGAUCGGCACCAUGGCAACCGUUGUUUACCAAAGCUGCUCAUAAACUAGGAUUUAACAAUUGCCGCGCAUAUACGACGCAUGCGCACUAUAGACAUGGGCCAGAGAUCGUGUGCGAACAGCGGACUGGUAGCACUGAACAUGCGCAGAGGAUUUAAAGAAAUAGGCAUGCACGAAUUACAGGACAGCGGACUGGUAGCACUACACAUGUGCAGAGGAUUUAAAGAAAUAGGCAUGUACGAAUAACAGGACAGCGGACUUAUAGCACUGCACAUGCACAGGAAAAUCGAUCUAACAAUACGCACGCAGAUUACGCAUUGCGCAUGCUUGUGUGUACCCACAUGGACAACAGAUUGAAUUCGAUAAAACGCGAUAAAUGAACAUUUUUACAUGAGUUCCACGUAGAAUGACAGCGGUUGAGAUGUCAAAAGUACAAUAUGCAUUAAAGCAAGAAUACGAAAAUAUCUACAAGGAUAGUGUCAACACAAUAAUCAUCACCAGAAUAAUCAAGGACAAAGUCAACAAAAUUAUCAUCACCCGAAUCAGCAAGAACAGAGUCAACCAAUUAUUACCAUAAACAUCUUAAGGUCAAAAGAAGGCCAAAAGAGUUAUCAAUGAAAUACACAAGUAAUGAAAUACACCAUGGUAUAUCACCAGAUAAUCACGUUGGAGACCAUAUAAUUACGCAGACUACACCCAAGAACUCGAAUAUGACGAAAGCCGGUUACAAACCGACCAAGAAUUGCUACAAAUUACCAUCUAGCCUCAAGCUAAGUCUAUAGAUACAGCAAUCCCGAAGAUUGUUGCUAGUUUGGCUUUUGUUUACCCUAUGUUUGCAGAGUUGGAUCCAUAAUUGGACUAUAUUAGUCACCACUAGUAGACGUUUCCCUAAAUCCGCUAAAUGGCAGAGACAACACACACUAAAGGAGAUAGGGAAAUAGAUGGUAGAUUAUACUAAUUUUUAAUUACUUUCUUAUGAGGAGAGUUGCAAUUAAUAUGUCACGCUACAAAAUGGUCACGAAAUCCUUGGUUACACCAGCCAAUCCGUGCUGUUUCAGAUGUCACACAAGAACUAACGUCAGUCAUGCCCACAAUGUUACACGAGUCAAGUAAUAUAUGUAAUAAAGUUAGGUGUCACGCGGCCAUUCAAUAUAUCAGGUAACCAUUAUACGUCACAGUCACGCAAUUGUCAAAAUCCUAACAUGUCACGCAAUAGCCUUUGCAUUGUAAAACCCACCUAUCUCUUAACUUCCUUUUGCCACUACACACAAUUUAACGCAGUCUCGACAUUUGUCACGCAAUAUUUCAUGCAACCUCAAAAUAUGUCAUGCAACCUCAAAAUAUGUCAUGCAAUUUGUCACGCAGUCUUCAUAAUUGUCACGCAAUUCGUCACGCAACUCUCCUUAGAAUCGUUUCGCAGGCGAACACGAUUAGGAUGCUAAGGUGUCAGCCUUAAACACUUCCUUCAUCCACCCACCCCCCCCUUCCCUUCCAUGCUUCCCGCCCCAUAUCAUCUGUUUUUAAACCCCUUAGGCUGAUGUGUCCUUAGCAACGUAUAUACAAUAAUAUGAGAAUAUACUUCAGAGCAUAUAUAUUAUAUAACUCAAUGAUUUACCAAGUUGUAAAUGAAAACUUAUCCCAUGUAUGGGAUUUUACAUGUAGCACAAUAUAGGCUAGAUGAUGCUCUACGGCUACCACAGCAGUUUUGUAUGAUUUGUAAGCGCUUUUAGAUUGCAUUAAAUAUGUCUUUACUGUA